AUGGCCCCACCAGAGAAAGUGAGCGCAGACCAAAAGGCAUUCCUCGAGAACCUCGUGAAUGACUACCUCGAGGUCAAGAAAACAGGAGCGUGGGCGAAGUUUUGGGCAAGUACGUUCCAAGCCUGGCUCAAGCUUUGGCCGGAGGAUGAAGACGCGGGCAUCAUGGAAGAGGGCGAGCGAAAAAAGGCACUCACUGACGCAAUCGAUGAAAGACAGCAGUAUAUCAAAACCUGGUUCCGUAAUCAUGCGGUCCGAAAAGCCAAAGUGUCGAAAAAAGUGAAGUCAGCAAAAAGAACACGCGCUCCACAGCUUCUCGAGCUCUACUCUGAGCAGUACUACAACACUCGGGUCGCCUCUAAAGUAGCCACCAUCUUCAAUGAGAAAAACCCCCCGGAAACGGUGCGUUUGAAGCUCAUUCGCUCUGAGCUUGACAAGGCUUUUCGUUUGGAGCCACCGCACAUCCAGGAGCAGAUUGUGGAGGAGCACGCCAAGCUGCUGGCAGAGAGUGCUGCAAAGAGAAAACACACCGCAGAGCGCCAGGCUCCCACUCCUCAGAGCUACAAUGUCGGGAUCGAUUCCAUUUCAGCAAACUUUGACAUCUUUGAGGAACAAGUUGCUGCAAGCGGUUGGUCGUUUGUCCUCCUGGCGGGCGGACCGGAUCCCAAGAACGCAGGCCAAAUCAGCACCGUAGCUGGCAGGAAUAUACUUGGACUCACACAUUCGCAGUACGACCCCAAUUUCAUGCGGGCUCAUGUACCCGCCUUCAAGCGCUUCCUACAGACUUGCUACACACCCAAAGACUGUGAGGAACGAGCUCUAAACAAGGCCACCACGUCCGGGUCGAAUGGGACCCCAUCUCCCGAAAGCCCGGCCCCCAGCCCAAGCCCAGUUCUUGUGCCCCCUGCAACAACCCCGCUCGUAAAUGUUCGCCCUACCGUCAAGCCGACUCAAAGAGAGUUCGGUGCCAAUGUGGUCGCAGCCGUCGAUGUCGCUCAAGUAAACCCCAUGCCUGGACCCCCGACAGUUCCGUUCCCCAUUGAUCCCAUGGUGUUCCCCACUGAAUACGGCGAUGUGAGCGACACAGCUGACCCUACCUUGUGGGAUGGGUUCAACGUAGCGGCUGCACUCAACACCAUGGACACUAGAACCGAUGCGGGAUUCAUCGGGUACCCCUCCCUUACUGAGGAGCUGGCUGCGCCACUCCCCAGUUUCCUCCUUCCUCUAGCCAGCUUUCCAUACUCGUUCAGCACUAACGGUUCUAUCGCACCUGGGGUGGUCCCAGAUGCUCCCAUUGCCAACGGUCUCAAUACCGACACUCUCAUUGUAUCGAACACACCCAUUACGAACACACCCAUUGUUCCACCCCCUGCGCCCAACGGCCCCCCUACUGUCCCUGUGGCGGGUAUCCAGGCUCCUGCCAGUCGAAAAGCCGGUGCCAAGGCUCGGGGCAACCGAAAAGCCAGUACCAAGGCUCGCGUCAGUAAAAAACAGACUGGGACUGUCAACGACAAUCCCCCCCUCACUGUCGCCAACGACGCCCUUGCCAACAACAAUCCCCCCUUCGCUGUUGCCCACGACGAGCCCGACGAGCUCCCUGUCGCCAACGACGCCCUUGCCAACAACAAUCCCCCCUUCGCUGUUGCCCACGACGCAAACGACAAUCCCCCCUUCGCUGUUGCCCACGACGAGCCCGACGAGCUCCCUGUCGCCAACGACGCAAACGACAAUCCCCCCUUCGCUGUCGCCCACGACGAGCCCGACGAGCUCCCUGUCGCCAAUGACGCCAACGACAAUCCCCCCCUCGCUGUCGUCAACGACGCCCUCGCCAACAACAAUCCCCCCUUUGCUGUCGCCCACGACAAGCCCGACACGCUCCCUGUCGCCAACGACGCCAACGACACACCUACUGUCCCGCUCAUCAGCACCAAGGCUCGUGCCAGUCAAAAGCGGCCCAGGAACGACGGUCUCGAGCCCGCACUCAUUGUAUCUACUAAGCGCCUUCGCAAGACCCAGACGCGCACUGAGAUAGAAGCACUCACAGACAAGAUCCCCCCAAAGAUAAAGGAGAACCGUCGCCCUCGCCCACGCCGUUAA